AUGCGCGUGCGGAAGGAGAGCAAGCUGAAUAUGAUGGUGCUGCUGCUGGAGAAGAUCCGCCACCUGGUCGCCACCAACACCCACUCCACCAAAAGGGACAUCUACUACCAGGAGGUGGCGCUGUUCGGCAGCCAGCGGGCUGUCGACGCUCUGUUGGAUGACGUCACACGCCUACUGGCCAUCCCGCGCCAAAGCUCGCACGUACGCGCCACGUCUAAGGGCCUAGGCCUGCUGGUGCCGGAGGACCUGCCACACGUGCAGCUUGUGCACUCCUCGGCCCGCUUCAUCCUGGUGGUCGAGAAGGACGCCACGUUCCAGAAGAUCCUGGACAGCCGGCUUCUGCGUCACCUGCCGCCCGGCAUCGUUAUCACGGGCAAGGGCUUCCCGGACCUGAACACCCGCCUGCUGCUGCGGCUGCUGACGACGCAGCUGCAGGUGCCGGCGCUGGCGCUGCUCGAUGCUGACCCGCACGGCCUCGAGAUCCUCUUCGUCUACAAGUACGGCUCGCUGGCUCGUGCUCACGAGGCGGCGAGUCUGGCCACCCCGGACCUGAUGUGGCUAGGGCUCCGGCCGACCGAGGUUCUCCAGCUCAACAUCCCGCAGACAGGAAAGCGGCAUUCUAAGCUGGCCCACCUGACGCCGUUUCCCGUGCUCUCCGUUCAGAUCCGCGAGAUCCUGGCAUCGGGACGGAAGGCCGAGAUUCAGACCUUGAGUGCCCUACACCCGACCUUCCUCACCGACCUGUACCUGCCCAGCAAGAUCGAGGAGUGUCUCUCGACGGCGCGCGGGGAGCUGCCGGCUCCGGCUCCGGCUCCGGAGGAGGAGCCGUAUCGGGAGUCGCUCCGGUCGGUGCCGGGAGCCGAGGCUGUGUCGCUCGGCCCCGAGGUCAUCCAGAACGCUGAUAUCGAGCGCUGA